GGGCAGGAUUAGUCCCGAGCCGUGGAGACUGCGCUCCGGUAAUCUCCCGGUAAUAAAUGAGGGAGGAAGGGCGCAUUCGGAUCCACCGGGGGAGAGAGGGGGAAAAAAAGGUCACCCAAAGCGCGCCCUCCUCACCCAUCCACUUACCCCCACGACAACCUGAAGAAAGUCCCCGCGUUUGGAGCAUGAUGGGUCGCUUCGUGAUGCCGCAGCAAAUCGAGUCGUCCGGGGCAGGUAAACGCAGCAGGACCGCGGACCUCCUCGGCGGACACUUUGCGGACUGACUCGCACGGGGGACCGACACAGACACAGCCAGGUACCUGGGUGCCCUCACACCAUGACGAGCCGGGCGCAUUGAACCAGUGCGGAACAGACGGAGAAGGCGGCACAUCUUCAGGAUGAUCUGAGCAAUUCUUGAACCCUCAGAUUUUGGAGAGAGGAUAAGAGAAUCCAGAAAAGAUUACAGCAGAGAGACCACCUUUUUGUGUAGUUUUAACCCCAGAUGGACCGAGUGCCUUUGGCACUUGCAGCUAAGAUGCACUGGAUCACGCUGGUGCUCGCGGGCUUGACUUUCUUGGGGAAAGUGACCAUUUCUCGCUGUUUUGACUACGAAGAGCCGGACUUUGAUUACUAUGAAGAGGAGAGAGCGGAGUCCAUUGACUACAAGGACCCAUGUAAAGCAGCUGUAUUUUGGGGAGACAUCGCUUUAGAUGAGGAGGACCUGCGCAUGUUCCAGAUUGACCGAACAAUAGACCUGACACAACACACACAUACACAUUCACAUCAGCAGGGGCACACAUCUGGUGGCGUGGGAGAACAUGAAACAGUGAAAAAAGGAUCCUUAUACCUACUUCUGGAAAGAAUACGAAGAUACGGCUUUGAUCAUUUAUCCAAGAACAACAGCAAAGAUUCCACUAGCAUAAAGAGUCAAACUGCGAAAGCUUUGAAUAAUGGUAAAGUUAUGAAGAGUCGUAUUCCUCGAGCAGCCACAUCCCGAGCUGAAAGGAUAUGGCCCGGGGGAGUCAUUCCGUACGUCAUCGGAGGAAACUUCACUGGUAGUCAGAGGGCCAUGUUCAAGCAGGCCAUGCGUCACUGGGAGAAGCAAACAUGCGUAACCUUCAUUGAGAAGACAGACGAAGAAAGCUACAUAGUCUUCACCUAUAGACCCUGUGGAUGUUGUUCCUAUGUGGGUCGUCGUGGCAACGGACCCCAGGCAAUCUCCAUAGGCAAGAACUGUGACAAAUUCGGCAUCGUGGUCCAUGAACUUGGUCACGUCAUAGGCUUCUGGCAUGAGCACACACGCCCCGACCGUGACGACCAUGUGACCAUCAUCCGGGACAACAUCCAGCCAGGGCAGGAAUACAAUUUCCUGAAGAUGGAGCCAGGGGAGGUGAAUUCCCUGGGAGAACCAUAUGAUUUUGAUAGCAUCAUGCACUACGCCAGGAACACCUUCUCACGUGGGAUGUUCCUCGACACCAUUCUUCCAUCCAGAGACGAAAACGGGGUCCGGCCUGCUAUCGGCCAGCGGACCAGACUCAGCAAAGGAGACAUUGCACAGGCAAGGAAGCUGUAUAGAUGUCCAGUGUGCGGGGAGACACUUCAGGAAUCUACCGGCAACUUCUCGUCCCCUGGCUACCCCAAUGGAUAUCCAUCAUACACACACUGUGUCUGGAGAAUAUCUGUAACACCUGGAGAAAAGAUUGUUCUCAACUUCACCACUAUGGACCUGUAUAAGAGCAGUCUGUGCUGGUACGACUACAUUGAGGUUCGGGAUGGAUACUGGAGAAAAGCCCCUCUGCUUGGCAGGUUCUGUGGAGACAAAAUCCCUGAAGUUUUGGUAUCUACUGAUAGCAGAAUGUGGAUUGAGUUCCGCAGCAGCAGCAACUGGGUGGGGAAAGGCUUUGCUGCUGUUUAUGAGGCCAUCUGUGGAGGAGAAAUAAGCAAAGACUCGGGCCAGAUUCAGUCUCCCAACUAUCCCGAUGACUACAGACCGUCCAAAGAGUGUGUGUGGAGGAUCACCGUCUCCGAGGGAUACAACGUCGGGCUCAGCUUCCAGGCUUUUGAGGUCGAGAGGCAUGACAGCUGCGCUUACGACUACCUAGAGGUCCGGGAUGGCCCACUAGAAACGAGUCCUCUGAUUGGUCGGUUCUGCGGCUAUGACAAACCUGAAGAUGUGCGCUCGACCUCAAACACUCUGUGGAUGAAGUUCGUUUCAGAUGGGACGGUCAACAAGGCCGGCUUUGCCGCUAACUUCUUCAAAGAGGAAGAUGAGUGUGCCAAACCGGACAAUGGUGGAUGUGAACAGAGGUGUGUAAACACUCUCGGCAGCUUCAAGUGCGUCUGUGACCCCGGUUAUGAACUGGCCCCCGACAAGAAGAGCUGUGAAGCGGCAUGUGGGGGCCUCCUAUCCAAGCUGAAUGGCACUAUCAGCACUCCUGGCUGGCCCAAAGAGUAUCCACCCAACAAGAACUGUGUAUGGCAGGUGGUGGCUCCCACUCAGUACCGCAUCUCCAUGCAGUUCGAGGCCUUUGAGCUGGAGGGCAACGAGGUGUGCAAGUACGAUUAUGUCGAGGUGCGGAGUGGCCUUUCAUCUGACUCUAAGCUGCAUGGCAAAUACUGCGGCACGGAAGUCCCUGAGGUUAUUACCUCCCAGUACAACAACAUGAGAAUCGAGUUCAAGUCAGACAACACCGUCUCCAAGAAAGGCUUCAAAGCUCACUUCUUUUCAGACAAAGACGAGUGCAGCAAGGACAACGGAGGCUGCCAGCACGAGUGCAUCAACACCGUGGGCUCUUACGUCUGUCAGUGCCGUCACGGCUUCGUGCUGCAUGAGAACAAACAUGACUGCAAGGAAGCUGAGUGUGAGCACAAGAUCCACAGCCCCAGCGGGACCCUGAGCAGCCCCAACUGGCCAGACAAGUACCCCAGCCGGAAGGAAUGCACCUGGGACAUCACCGCCACGCCGGGACACAGAGUCAAGAUUAGCUUCAACGAGUUUGAGAUUGAGCAGCAUCAGGAGUGCGCGUACGACCACUUGGAGGCUUUCGAUGGGGACAGCGACACCGCAGCAAUCCUCGGACGACUGUGUGGCAGCAAGAUCCCAGAGCCGCUGGUCUCCACCAGCAACAAUAUGUACCUUCGGUUCAUAUCUGACGCCUCAGUCCAACGGAAGGGUUUCCAAGCUGCACACUCUACAGAGUGUGGCGGCCGUCUGAAAGCAGAAGCUCAUCAGAAAAAUCUGUACUCCCAUGCUCAGUUUGGAGACAACAACUAUCCAGGUCAUACUGACUGCGAGUGGCUGCUGACCUCAGAGGAGGGAUACGGCAUCGAGCUCAGCUUCAUAACCUUUGAGGUGGAAGAGGAGGCAGACUGCGGCUACGACUUCAUUGAGCUGUUUAACGGAUACGAUGCAAAUGCACACCGGCUGGGUCGCUUCUGUGGUUCAGGGCCCAGAGAGGGGAUUUACUCACCCGGAGAUGUUAUGCUGAUCCGUUUCCAUAGCGACGACACUAUCAGCAAAAAGGGCUUUCACCUGCGAUACACGAGUACCAAAUUCCAGGAGAACCUUCAUGCCAGGAAGUGACUGUAAACCCGGGCAGUCACCUCUGACCUCUGUGCAUCCUCAGCCACUGUUACCCUUAGCGUCUCCAUGGCGACGAGAACAGAUGCAGACAGCGGCCUGGGAUCGGAGGAAGACGACUGUAAUGUGAAUACCUGCUUCCCCGUACGGAUCCACGCGGGUCACCGCUCUCUGACACGAGGCAUCAAAGACUAUAAGAUAUCAACCAAGUUUGGGGAAGUCCAUCUGAACGCUGCAUGAGUCCUUGGCACGGAGGAGACGUGUCACGGUCGCAUAUCAAGUAUCGGUGUGGAGAGUUCAUGGCGACGGUUGUGCAAAGGCAGAAAAACACUAGACUUGUAUCCCGAAUAAUAAACCAUAGAUGCAAAAGAAACUAAA